AUAAAGCAGAGUUCAGACUGAAUUUAAAAACCUUACAUGCUACCGAAGCUACUUGUCCCGAGCUCACUUUAAGGCAGUAUGUUUAAGUCUGGAUUAGUGUUAUUCCUGCUGCUGGGUUCUGCAGUAAGCCAUUUCAUGGACUCUUCUCUGGACACAUUAUGGGAAAAUUGGAAAACUACUAACAGGAAGAAAUACAAUGGCCUGGCUGAAGAGGCUAUUCGCAGGGCUAUCUGGGAGAAGAAUAUGAGGUUGAUUGAGAGCCAUAAUCAAGAGUAUGAACUGGGCCUACACACCUAUGAACUAGGCAUGAACCACCUUGGAGACAUGACAUCAGAGGAAAUAGCCAAGAAUUUGCUGGGUCUCCAGGUUUCUGUGGACAGUGAUUCUGUGAAUACCUACUUACCUGAACCACUGGAUAAACUACCCAACUCAAUUGAUUACCGCAAGCUUGGUUAUGUUACCCCAGUCAGGAAGCAGGGCUCAUGUGGCUCCUGCUGGGCCUUCAGUGCAGUUGGUGCUUUAGAGGGUCAGCUAAAGAAGACCACAGGCAAACUGGUAAACCUCAGCCCUCAGAACCUGGUAGACUGUGUGAUUGAGAGUCAUGGCUGUAAUGGUGGAUAUAAGGACAAAGCCUUUAACUAUGUUAGAGACAAUGGAGGUAUUGAUUCUGAGGAGGCUUAUCCCUAUGUGGGACAGGAGCAACGGUGUGCAUAUAAUAAAUCUGGGAAAGCAGCAGAGUGCCAAGGAUUUGAGAAAGUAAAAAAAGGUAGUGAGGAUGCACUGGCAUCUGCUCUUGUUAAAGUCGGCCCAAUUUCUGUUGGCAUUGAUGCCAAACAGUCGACAUUCCACUUUUACAAGAGUGGUGUGUAUUAUGACCCCAGCUGUCACAACGAAACGACCAACCAUGCUGUGCUGGCAGUGGGCUAUGAUGCCACACUUGAUGGUGAAAAGUACUGGAUUAUCAAAAACAGCUGGGGUGAAAAAUGGGGAACGAAAGGUUACGUCUGGAUGGCCCGUAACCGCAAUAAUGCAUGUGGAAUUGCAAACCGUGCCGUUUACCCUCUCAUGUAAAACUGUUUAGGCAUAUAUCCCUAAAGCAAAAGGGGCUGCCGCCAUACAACUCAUAACCCAUUUCUGCUUUUCAUUGCAUAGUUAAAAAAAAACUUUGAGUUUAUGUGUUAAUGUGUAUGAUAUGGUGUGUGUGUGUGUGUGCGUAUGUACAUACAUACAGUACGUACAUACAUGCAUGCAUACAUGUAAUGUCACAAAGUUUAUUUCUGUCCAGAGUUGCAUGAAUUUCUCUUUACAAUCUUGUACUGAUGAUGAGAAAGUCAGACUCCUGCAUAAAGUAAAAAAAUUUUUUGCACCUUAAUUUCAAUUGUAAUCAAUCGAUUCAAUCAUUAAACUUGAAAAGCACUUAA